CGGCUAGCGAAGCAGUGCGCGCGCUCCCGCGAGAUGCUGCAGCUGUGCAGGUGGUGAGGUGAGGCGGGCGGGAUGGACGGGGGUGGGGGGCAGUGCUGAUGGUGUGAGUGGAGGAGGAGGAGGCCGCUCGCUCGGUGGCAGGCUCGGCCUUUGUCUCGCUGUGUCCGGGGCUCGGCGGCCUCGCUGCUCCCUAUUGUCUCCUCCCUGUACCGGGGUGUGCGGCCUGGCAGCGAUCCGGUAAUGGUAAGGCCUGACACCACCUGUAAUAACACCGUGUAAUCACCGGCAGGGUCAUCAUCGACAGCACCACAGGCUUCCAAUAACCUCCAUCAUCACCACCUCCAUUAUCCCCAUCACCACCUCCAAUAGCUUUAUCUUCAUCACUACCACCUCCAUUAUCCCCAUCACCACCUCCAUCAUUAUCACCAUCACCAUUAUCACCAUCACCACCUCCAUCAUUAUCACCAUCACCAUUAUCACCAUCACCACCUCCAUCAUUAUCACCAUCACUACCACCUCCAUUAUCCCCAUCACCACCUCCAUUAUCCCCAUCACUACCACCUCCAUUAUCCCCAUCACUACCUCCAUCAUUAUCACCAUCACCACCUCCAUCAUUAUCACCAUCACCAUUAUCACCAUCACCACCUCCAUUACCACCAUCAUCUUCAUCAUCUUCAUCAUCCCCAUCACCACCUCCAUCAUUAUCACCAUCAUCUUCAUCACUACCACCUCCAUUAUCCCCAUCAUCACCUCCAUUAUCCCCAUCAUCACCUCCAUUAUCCCCAUCACCAUCAUCACCACCUCCAUCAUCACCACCUCCAUCAUCACCACCUCCAUCAUCACCACCUCCAUCAUCACCACCUCCAUCAUCACCACCUCCAUCAUCCCCAUCACCACCACCACCUCCAUUAUCUUAGUUUCUCUGAUAGGUAAAUAGGCUUUAUUACCUAUCACUUCCCUCAUUCACUCUCCCCAUCCCAUGCUUUACCUUAUCCAUUCACAGACAAUGUUCCCUGAGUCCCUCACUCACCUCAUUCCCUGGGACUCCUUAACUAGGAAAGCCUUCCAUCACUUCAUUCACUCACCCCUUCUUCUAGAGCAGGGGUCCUCAAACACCGGCCCCCUAGAUGUUGCUGAACUAGAACUCCCAUGAUUCUCUGGCUAUCUAUGUAAUUCAAUGAAUCAUGGGAGUUUUAGUUCAGCAACAUCUGGGGGGCCAGAGAUUGAGGACCCCUGCUCUAGAGCUUCUUAUAUCACUGCCAACAGUCAUUCACGCACCCUGUCCCCUACGAUCCCUUACAUCACUUCCUCCAUUUAGUUACUCACCCUGGCCCCUUGGACCCUUUCCAUCACUUCCAACAUUUAUUCACUCACCCUGUCCCCUAGGACCCCUUUCAUUACUUCAUUCACUCACCCUGUACCCCAGGACUCCUUCCAAUUCUUAUAUUCACUCACUCACUUACACUGACACACUAUUCCCUGCCACCCCUUCCAUUGCUUACAUUCACUCACUCCAUUCCAAGGGAUCACUUAUAUUGACUCACUCUAUUCUGUCACCAACUAGAUCACCUUAUUAAUUUGGAUUUAUUACAUCGGGCAUUCACUCGCCUCAUUCACACUUGUUCCAUUCCAGAGAUCAUUUCCACUGUUCACCCCAUUUGGUGAUCCCUUUCUUUCACACACUCCAUCCUGUGAUCGCCUAUCAUCCAUCAUUUUAUCGUGAGGGCCCUUUCCAUCGAUCUCUACAUCCCAAGAACAAUAUCGAUCAUUCAUUCACACAUCCAUUCAUUCACUUACCCCAUCCAUCGCGCAAUCCUGGGAACUGCAUUAAUUCACACCUUUCAUCCUGGGGAUGCCAUUCACUCACACUAUCCAAAGAUUGCCAUUUCUUCAAUAACUCUAUCCCUGGAAUCCCAUUCAUUUGCCCCGUAGAUUUUAACAUUUCAUCAGUCACCAUAUCAUUAGGGCCACUUAGUCACUCUCUAUUGUCAGUGGUUACUCCUACAUCCUGUCUUUUCUUGGGAACCAUUGAUCAUUCUACGGUAACUCUUAAUAUGUUCCUGGGAACGGCAUCUCUAGAAUGUGUUAAUUGACCUUUCCUUCAAUCUGAGACUUUAUCAUGCUUUGACAUUCUAUCAGUAUAUCACCAGUACUUUUUAUCUGUCUUUUUCAUCACUAAUAUCCCUAUCUUUCUUGGCUUUCUAAGAAGACCUCACUAGGACCCACAUAAUGGUCAAUAAUUACCAUUAGUAAAACUCUGUAGGAUACCCCAGCUUUGUUAGGACAAGUGAAAGUCACCACGUACCUUUCCCUCUAUUUGACAUUGUGCUAUAAUGCAAAAACUACCCUUAUGUCAAUGAAUUGUCUUUUAUUCAUGUUCCAUAACCAGUAAUACAUUCUGGGGCAGUGUCGUUAACACUUGCCACAAUAUCAUCCAGUAGUAUAACAUGGUGAUAUACCAUCUUUAACUUUUAGGCAUGAUUGGACUUCACUGGAUGCCAGUUGCUGGGGUUCCAUAAUGGACUGCAUUUGAUCAGCAUUUGACAAAGACUUUCAUAAACGUAUGAUAACACAAAUACAUGUGGCUCUCAAAUGUCCAUGGAUGUCUGAUAUUUGUCAUAUUCUAUUGGCCAGUAUUUUGAAGUCCAGUAAAACUGUGUGAUAGUCCUCAAGUCCUUGGAAGAGUAAAGAUGCAUUUCAAAUCCAGAUGCUGUCCAAAUAGGUGUGUUUCCUAAUACGCUGGCUUUUUGUGCUUAGUAGUGAAUCCAUGUCUGUUUGCUGGUAGUAUAAUUAAUUGGCCUAAAAUAUUGCUCAGUGCGUUUUGUUAUUAUUUUUUUAGCCGUGAAAGUCUACCAGAUAACUAAACCUUUCUAUAAGAGAUUUUUAAUAGUGUUUUUUGCCUUCUUUUUUCCAAUACAACUAGUGUUCCUUAAAUAAUAUUUAGAGUUCUUAUAUUGACUAAAUUAUAAUAUGCUAACAAUGGCUUUGCAGAAUUUCAGAUGUACAGUCUUGACCUAAUGAUAUGAGAAUUUCAUGUGGAAUAGAGGAGUGGAAUUUAAUUUUUAUUAUCGUUAAAAGGUAUCACUCAAUGUGCAAACAAUUUGGAAUUCCAUUAAAAUUUUUUUAGAUGGUACCUAACCCCUUCCAAACUUUUUAACAUGCAUCUUAGCGAAAAUUAUAAAUGCUGGAGAGACUGCGGUCAAAUUGGUGAAUUACUCUACGUCUUCUAUUCGUGUCCCAAAAUUAAAACGUAUUGGCCGAAAAUUCGCGAAUUAAUUAAUCACAUAUUAGAAUUCAAUAUAAUAUUAUCCCUGUGUCUUUGUCUCUUUUAGAAAAUUCCAUCUAACCUGCCGAGAUACAAAAAAAUUAUACUAGGCCAUCUUCUCAUAUCCGCUAAUUCCAUCAUCUUUUGUCAUUGGAAGUCACCCCCUCUACCAACUGUGGGUGAGGUCUUAUAAUAAAAGGUGUGAAUUGGCUUUUCGUAAUCCAUCUUUCACAUCUUUAUUGCAGCAUGAAUGGUCAAUUUGUUAAGAUGAUGUGAAAGAUAAAUUCAGAAUUUAACCCACCUGACUGAAUACAUAUUCUGCAUCCUGAUUUUUUUUUUUUAGUACCAUGUUGCAAUUAAUUACGUCACACUUUAUUAUAUUUCUGUACAUAGUUUACUUAUUUCAUAUACAAAUAUUUAUAUUUGUGUAUUUUAUUAGAUUGCAUGUUUAAUUUUGACAAUGGUUUAUGUGUGUGUAUAUGUAUAUAUUAUUAUUGCGAUUUAUAUAGCGCCAACAGAUAGAUAUAUAUUUAUAUAAUUUCUUCUUUUUUUUUUUUCACACAAUAAUCCCGCACUCACUGCUCCCGGUCUUGUUGUUGCCUGGGUGCUAACUCUGACCUUGGAAUAUAUAAUGUCUUGUUGAAGUGCACUCACAGGACUCAGCAAUCUUUUAAAUCGUGCUUUUUAUUGUAACAUCAAGUUUUCAAUAAAAAAGGUGUCGACGUUUGUCCCACCGGACUUUUUUCAAGAGAUAUAUAUAUAUAUAUAUAUGCCAAUGUUGUAUGAUAUAUUAUUUUAAAACCUUAAUAAAAAAUAUUUGACGUAGAUGCAACAAUUUUUGUUAUAAAUUAUUUGUGUAAUGUAUAGAGCUUGCCUAUUGUGAAGAUAUUGGAAAAAUGUCACCUUUCUUGAUCUAUUAAUGUCUUUUUGAUGAAGCUCUUACACACUGACAAAUAUUGUAAUACUUAGUUGUGUUUAAUCAAAGCACACUAUUUCAGUUUGCUUUGCACGUGUGUUUACUUAAACUCCGCACAAGGCGUUUCUUUGUUAAUUUUGACGGAAGCGGUUAUAUGCACACCCAUAUAUUUUGCAAAGAAAGAUUUGGGUAGGUGGCAGGAUCUAGGUAUAAUCUUACACUUAAUUGGACUUCUGGAGAUUUUUCAUUUUCGAUUAACUUAUCCUAUUAUAGUAUUUUAUUGCUUUCUGUAAGUAACAUAUAUGAACAGUUGUAUUUGUACUACUGCUUAUAUAAAUAUACUACAUAGGCAAAUAUAAUACAAUACAGGUUAGACAUUGCUCAAUGUUUUUCAUACAACCUAAUCUUGCAAUUGAGUGAUAUUAAGGAAUGUUAGCAUCACAGAUUUUGCUUGUAUAAAAUGCUUAUUCAACGUCAAGCCAUAUGUAAAUGCAUGAGAACAUCCAGCGUCAGAUUUUUCCCCAUAGGAAAACAUUGAUUCAGUGCUUUUGUAUGGGGAGGUCUAAUGCACAUGCAGCAUUUGAUGUGCAUGUGUAUUAUUAUUAUUAUUAUUAUUUUAUUUAUAUAGCGCCAACAAAAUCCGUAGCGCUGUAGAGCCCGCUCGUUGUGAGGAGGAGGGGGCAGAGAGUCGACCCAGCGCCGAGGGACAUUGACGCUGGGAUAAAGCACCCAUUGGCGCUGGGUAGGAGGUGGUGGGAGGGAAAGGGAUUGGUAGUGCCAGGAAUACAACUUUGUAUUCCUGGCACCACAGUAUCCCUUUAAGCUAAAUCUUUACUGAAUGCUCACUUAGAAAGCUAUAGAUUAACUAUUUUCAACUAUUUUUUUUAAUGCAAUUUAAGUGCAUGAUGUGUACACAAUCCUGUCAUGUACAAGAUUGAUGAGGGCAUAUUUGGUUAGUGUGUACCAACAUCCUGGAGGCUUCUGUUCUUACUUUGAAUAACACCCUUAUUUAUUUUUCCUAUUUUACAGCGAUCAUUUUGAUGAUGGUGGUUCCUGGGACUUUGCCUGGUGUUCAGCAUGAUAAUGAGAUAAAUGCUUGUGAAAGAGUUAUGGAGAACGAUAUCGAGAAUGAUUGCAGCUCAGAUCUAAAAGAAGUACGAAAGCUGCAGGAACUAGUAAGACGGUUGGAAAUUCAAAAUCAGCAGUUAAGGGGGAAGAGGAGCUCUCAAAGCUUUCAGAACGACACAGAGGUUGACCAUCACCUCUCCGCUUUACAAUGUACGGGAGUUAUGAAUAGCAUGAAUAUCCAGACUGAGAAAGGAGAUCGAGAGAUUAUGCCAAAUGUACAGACUAAGCACGAUCAAAUAAGCUCAGAGAAAGAAAACAUCCCAAGUUUGAGGGUGGAUACACAUAUGCCAUAUGAGAAGGUGUGUUCUGACCCCAAGCCUGAUUGUGAGGCAGACAUUCACUGUGAUAAUGAGGACAGCUGUUUCUUCAACCUCAGUAGCAGAGCAGAGCUGGAAGAAGCUUUGGAGAAAAUGUCUGAACUAAAUUCACCUGGAGAUCUUGUAGAUGUAUUGGAUGAAACUGCCCUUGACGAAGUGGAAGUUCUGGAACUUGGCUCGUGCAGUGAGGACGAGGAGGACUGUUGGUAUGAAUUGUACAGCUUACCCUUCAAAUGUCUCUGUCUGUGUGUAUGAAAUCAAGCUGUAAUGUCCUGAAAUAAUCUACAGAGCCUUUCUAGUGAAAUGUUUACCAUGGUCUUAUCCUGUCUGUGUUUAAUGAAACUCAUUGUUUUAUUUAUGAGAAUUAUUUUAAUGUGUUUCUGAAACACUUAGAUGUUGCUUUACUAAGCAGUGAAUUUACUACUAGAUUGCAAAAGUUAUUUCAAACAGCCAGCAUGAGUAACGUCUCAAACUUCGUUUUAGAACAUGCCUUUUUGAUCCUGAAUUUUGUAGGCUGAUUUAUUUCACCAAAAUUCACAGUUCAGAGUAAAUCUUAAUGCAAUAUUUAAAUUGUGACUGUAAAUUUUUAACUCAAUGGUUACCACCAUAAUAACUACCCCAUUUCAGUUUACGUACUCCCACUUCCCCUCUUUAGCUCUCUGACAGUGCCUUUGUCACAGCUGUGCACAUGUGUUUUUGAAGGCUUGGAUGAACCUUGUGUAUAACCCAGACUGAGAGCAAACAGUCCUUAUUCAACAGUAAAGCUGCUGCUUUUGGUCUGAACACAUGUUGGGCAGGGCUUUAUGGGAGGGUAAUCAAAAUGCACAAGCCAAAAUGAUGGGCUUCUGAUGGGCAGAGCCUUAGUCUGGUCUCAUCAGUUGUCUGUUUCUUCAGUUUUUAAAUGCAGCGGCUGCAGGAAUGUUUUAAGGUGAGUAUUUUGGAGGUCAAUUAAAGUCUCCUAAUUUUUUUUUUUUUUUUUUAAAUCUAUUUGUGGCCCUCAAAGCAUGAAAUUCAUCGUUACUGAAAAUAAUUGUUGGCAUAUAUACAAGGACAGGAUCAUAUCCAGGAAUUAAAGCAAGUUCUGCCAUUUAAUAUCAGGAUGUUUCCUCCUCUUGGCCAUUCCUGUGCACAAUGCACUUUGUUAUAGUUACCAUUAUUGCAGUUCCUUCCCAAGUCUUUUAGUCAUUGAAACAAUUACACCUUUUACCUUAUUCAUACACAGCAUUUAUUCUAAACAGCACUGCGGCUUUCUGCAGUAUCCAGUUACGCGGAAACAAUUCAAAAUCUUGAAACAUUUAUUAUGUACGCAGUAGAUGGAAAAGAAGGGAAAACUUUGACCUAGAUUUUCUGCUACCACUUGCUGGCGUGUCUCGUUUAUUCAGUGUACAGCUUGGUGAAAAGCCUUGGAUAGCAGUUGCAGGUUGAUCGUUUUUGCGUCACAGUUUCCAGAACGCUUUUGUGCAUGGGGAAUUCCAAUGCAUUUGGGAUACUGGUUGACUAAAGGAUUAUUUUUCUGUAAAUUAAUAACUUUUAUGAUGCAUGAGGGUAUGUACGCUGCUCGGUUUCUCCACUGAUUUAAAGAGGAAUAGUUAUUCUCCUCAGGGCUACACUGCUAAGAUGUUUUCCAGCUUUGCGUUCUAAGACCUUCUGCACCCAAUAAAAGGAGAAGUACUACGUCCCAGGAUUUUUUAAUAUAAACAUCUUGUAAUAUUUUGUUAUUUAACAAGUGUGUUUGAGGUCUGAAAAUUUAUUGUAGAAACCCUAUUGCUUUUUUCUGUAUUUGUCUGCCCUUCAUGCUUUGCCCUUUACAUCAGAGGCUGUGCACAGAGAGGUGAAGAAACAAUGUUUCUCCUACAAUGCUGUGUUAACAGGAUUGAGGUGAAUUGUCAAGAUUAGUGUUAAACCUUUUUACUAUUUAAAGGGGGUAUUUUAUGCUCCAUUAAAAAUAGUCAAACCGUUUUUGAGAGCAAUAUUUCUUUUCCUGAAUUAGCAAUAUCAAUUCUGUCCGUCUUUAUGGAAUUAAUUGUCUGAGAGUGUUAGCUGACCCUCAUUAGCCACUGACUUCCUUCCAGAGUUGGGUAAAACUAGUAUUGCUAAAGAAGAAAGGGGACAUCCUCUUUAGAGAUUUUUAUUCAAGAGUGGUUUGACUUCGUGUCUGAGUUAAGUGUUAUACUGUUUUAAAAUGGUCUCACUUUAAACCCAGGGACAGUGUCAGGGGACUCGUAACAUCACCACUGCUACGGAAUCCUCUAUAUAAUAAUGUAGAGGUUUUUGUACACUAAACACAUUUGACAGUUGUAAAUCGUAUAAAUGGAUAUAUUAUCCUUUUUGCAAUUAAAUUAUAUCAGUAUUGUAAAGAUGAGAAUGUUUUUUUUUUUUUUUAACGUAUAGUUCUUUUUGUUUUACAUUUGUAUGUCUCUGUAUAAAUAAUUGUGUAUGUAAUGUCCUAUCUCACUGUGCUACAACUCAUUUCUGCAUAACCAAAGCAAUGAAAUGUCUACCUGUAAUGCUUUUAGCAGUCAAACAAAAGGUUAGAUUGCAACCAUGAAGAAAUGUUAUAUAUAAGAAUGCACUCUAGAAUAGCAUUAGGAAUACAAAUGUGUAUUCCUAACGCUAUACUGCCUGUAAGUGACGUUUAGGUGACCUGGUUCCCACUGCCACAAAUAAAAGGGUAGUUUUGCUUACAUUUUUUUUUCCUUGCAUUGCUUGCUUCAUGCGUGAAGCUUGAUGAUCUUUGCCAGUGCAAUGUUUCCCAUAGGAAAGCAUUGCGAGACGUGUGCAGGCACAGCAAAACACAGGGCUUUGCCUAUAGGAUGGUCUCUGAGAUCAUCUGAUAGAAAUAUUUUGCAUAAGUGCAUCUAGUGGCUGUCAGUACGGCAAUGUUUUCAGCUGCAAGUUUAAAACGGGGGCCCAUGUGGCCCAGACCACCCUAUUUGGCUGAAGUGGUCUACAGGAUUUCUUUAAUCUCUGUACUACCCCUUGCUACUUAGCAAAUAUACAUACAAACCUUUAAAGGAGCACACAAUGAGAAUUUUUUUCUUUUUAAACAAUUUAAUAGCUAUACCUCCAAAGAAAGCAUGUACAUUUUUCCAAUGCAGGUGCUCUGGGCAAGUGUCUGCCUCCAUUUAUCUUCACAGAUGACCAGGGAGAAGUAACAGGAUUCAUUUAUGAAAGUGCUGUUUUCUAUUAAAUUCCCUUGUAGUCUGCUUAAAUAUAAAUUGCUCACAUUCUUACAGCCCUAUAGCUAAAAUGCUUGGAGGGGGUGUGUUCCCCACAGUAUAUGCAGAUGGAUCACCAAGAUGCUAAAAUGAAAGCAAAACAGGUUAACCAUUCAGAAUCAAAAUAAGUAUGUGAUGAGAAACAUGUACAGCAAGGGUUCCCAACCCAGUCUUCAAGUACCCCUACCAGUCCAGGAUUUAGGGAUAACCCUGUUGUGUCUAAAAUGUUUUCCUUUCUUUCUAAAAACUCAUUAGAUACAACUGGGUAAUCCUAGACUGUAAAGGGGGAGUUGAGGACUGGGUUGGGAACCGCUGAUAGAGGGACCAGGUCCAAACAAACAUGGGAGAGACAGACAGUUGUAGUUUUGAAUGUAUCAAGAAAGGCGACGUUGGAAUAUUUUAAUGUAAGAUAUUUUAUUAAUCUUAAAGUGAAAUUGUAUUGUUUAUCAAUAUCUUCAAUUUUUGCAUUUGUUUUGGAAACCUAGUGAUCCAUACAUUUCCGCUAAAAGGCUGCAUAAAAUAUUUGAGCGGAGUAUAAAGGCUCACUAUUUAUCUAAUAUGUAUAAAUUUGUAGUCCUAUGCUAGUAGCCAGGCCUUAAGUUACUAACCAUUGCAAGUUAUAUUAUACCCUCCAUGGGUGAAUUUCUACUCGCCAAUGGCUAGUGACAGGUGGAAAGUUAGAGCUCUGCUUUUAACCCCUUAAGGACACAUGACGGAAAUAUUCCGUCAUGAUUCCAUGUUAUUCCAGAAGUUGUGUCCUUGAGGGGUUAAGGUUCUUAUUCCUAUGCAGUUUGUACUAUGUUACAUUUGUAUCUAUCCGUUCAUUUUGUUUUUGUCUUUAAAACAAUCAGUAAAAAAAAGUCCCCUUUUGUCCAUUGCCUACAUUAUUUAUUCAUGGAAGUGUGCUGGCUUUCAACAUAUUUAAAUUGUGUGGUUUUUCUUUUUUUUUCUUUCCUCUUCCCAUCAGGCUCUAUGCAUCACCAAACAAAAAUGCAGCUGCGGAACAGAAACCAGAUUCUCCCUUAAAAUGGUGCAGGCAGGUACUGGACCAUCACAGUCCAGAGACAGAAGCUGCUUGCCGCACACUGAUUGGCAAGCUUGAUCAAGGUAUGUGCAGUGACUAGAGUUCCACAUACAUUCAAUGGGAUUUAAUAAGGUAAACUUAUAGCUCCAAAACCGCCUUAGUGCUUUGCUGUGGGUUACACGGUCUAUUGUCACAUAAAAGCUAGUAUCGCAAUCUUUUCUAUGAAGCUAUGCAUUGUAAGGUGGCUCAUUGUUCUCAUUCAAAUCUAUUUCCAUGGAUAUUUUCAUAACCCUCAUCUCUUGGAAUCUUGCAGUUAAUUUGCAUCUCAUUUAUUCAUCCUGGUUUCAGAUAACCUGGUUAUGUUUUAAAUUUCUUUUCAUUUUAGCAAGUAGAUGGAAAAGCCUGUACUGCAGCCCGAUGGCUUCGCCAAGUGCAUUUAACCCCAGCAGUGAUGGCAGCUUCUGUAACAAUUCAUUAAACUCACCGGGGUGCCUCAAAUCCACUAACAAACCACUACUAACAUGUGGCAGCUCAGGUACGGCAUGUUCUGUGAUUCGUGGAGUGCUAAUUGCAUGUUUUCUAAUGGAAUGUUCCUGAUUGCCCAUUUCCUUAACAAGCACCUUACAUUUUCUACAUCUUACCAUGGAGUUCUAAUUUGCACUCAUCGUUCCAUUUAACUUAUUUAAUAUACUAAAUAGAGGCUUAUAGUAAGUUAAGAACCAGCUCGCUAGGUUUAGUCCAAAAUAGUGGUGGUUGAGAACAUUUCCAGCUUGGUUGAUGGCUAAAUCCUUAGGUUCCUCUGAGAACUGCAUGUUUUCCUUUCACAGAAAUGAAUGUAAUUCUUUUUGAUCUGCCAGUCAUUUAUGGCAGCGGAUACUAAUACACUUGGCCCUCUUUAACGCGGGGCAAAUGGGGCAGCUGCUCCUGGGGGGUCCAAGAGCAGCUGUCCAGCUGCCCUCAAUGUCUUUGAGCCCCAUGGAUCCGGCGGUGCGGCUGCACACAAAAGGAGGCCCACCGGGCGCUGUACUUCUUAAACAGCAUGACCCGGCCCCUUUGUGUUUGGCAGCCGCCUGAGUGGAAGUGACUGCCGCGAGUCACUUCCUCCCACAGAGAAAUCAGAGCAUGUGGGAGGGGGGAGGCUGUAUGGAGGGGGCCAGGAGUGCAAGAGCCUAACACCGAACUACCUCAGCCUGCCACUGGACCCCAGGGAAACCACCCUCCUGAAAAAGGUAAGAACCUGGAGGGUGGCCAACUGUAAAAAUAGAAUGUGUGUUUGUCUGUGUUAGUGUGUCUGUCUGUCAGCGAGUGUGUAUCUGCGUGUGUGUUUGUGGGGCAGUGUAAGUGCAUACACCCCUGCAUUCAAACUACAACACUUUUAUACAAGCACACUCCUUCAUUGAAACUACAAUACAUACAAAAUACCUGUUUUUCAAACAUCAAUAGCACAUACAAACAUACUCCUACAUUCACACAAACAUACUCCAUACAAAAACAUGCUUACAUUCAAUCACACAAACCCUGCUCAGUGCUAAAUACAACCUUGCAAGCACAGAAAAAUGCAAAGCGUUGUUGGAGGUGCACGGCAGAUGGGGAUUCACCUUUUGGUCACCCUUGCGACAAGAGGCACAAACAAUUCUUGCACUAUGGCCCUCUCUUCUUUAGUGCCAUCACUGCGAUGGGGUGUAGGUUGUGAUUGCAUGCCAGUGAGCUGGAGAUGGGGGAAAUGGUCCAGGGGGCCCAAGCUAAUUCUUGCCCAGGGUCCAUUUAAUAUUAGACUGACCUGGAUAAACAUUUUCUUAUUUUCUUAGUGGCAUCACAUGUAAGCUCACACAUCUCCUUUUGGGGUCUUUUACAAAAAGAUUAUUAUAGUGAUUAUGGUGCAUGGAAAAUAUGGGUGCAAAUCUGAUUUUUCAGCACCCAGACUCCUACCUCUCUGUCUAUAGGGUAAUGAGAAAUUUUACUGCCUUGCUUUCUGUACAGGCCUACAGAUCAUUCUGAUCCAACAAGUUGCUAUUCACUCUUUGUACUACCUUAAUUUAAGCUGAAUGAUUUGAGCUUUAGCGAUUUUGACUUGGCUGAAUACUAUUACAACCCAACAAUGAACGCCUGUCUUUGCAAAGGGUGUGGAAAAUAUGUGUAUGGUUAGUGUGAUCUCUUAUGACAAAGGGAGUCUGAAUUCUUGAUGCUCUGAAGUCUGAGUUCCAUUAUUUUUCUUUUUUUUGACAAAGAGUAAAUACACCAUCACUACUAAAAUAGAUAUUGUAUAUGUUGGACGUUUCAUAUUUUUAAAUGGUCACUGUGCUAGGUAGAGCUAACCGAUGUGCGUUAUACAGCAUAGCGCACUGCAGUUUGCGUAACAUGUUUUCCUAAUGAAAUGAGGCAUAACCUUCCAGGAUCUAGAGUGGCUUCCUAAAUGUGUUUUGGAGCUUACAUGCACAAACAUUAGCCUGUUUGCAGUGGUGAUGUUUCCAUAUACCAACUGUUGUCAGUGUAUGCAAGUAUGUGAAUAUAAUGUACGUAUGUGUGUAUAAUAUAUACACACACACCACCACCACCAGUUUUAGAGAGGUGUAUGAGACUGGAAAAAGUACCCAAUUAUCUCAUUUGGUAAUCCCCUUUGCUUUCAAAAAGACAGUGUUACAUACUCAAACCAUAAAUUCAAAGGUCACCUAGGGGAAAUUAGUUAUUUACAAUUAGAUCUCUAUGAAGCAUCACCAAUAUUUACUUUGUAAUAUAAAAAUCUAAAUGUAUGUAAUUGUGUGUGAGAAUUGCGUCUUUGACUGCUGAAUGCAAAUCUUCUGGAGAAAACAUCUGAUUUUAUUCAGUCACAUGCUUUGAAAUCCUCUGAAAGAGGAGGUGCCACUUCCUAGGUUUUUUUGACCUUAUGUUUACCUAUCCCCGGUAUUUAUGUGGCAAAAAUAAAAUGGCACCUCAAUCUCCGCUCCCUGUUAGAAAUUGCUAGAAACUUUGUCCUUUGUACCUAGCAGUCGGCAUUGAGAAAGUAUUUAGAGAAGAUGAGAAAUUAAACAGGGGGUUAUGUAUGAAAAAGUUGGGUUCUGAAAAAUACUAAGUGGUGCAGUCACCAUGGAAACCAAUAAAAACAGCAGGCACAUUGCAAACCAGGCACAUUUUCAUGUGUUUAUGCACCACGAUUUAGAAUAGGCACUUUUUAUAGAUUCCCAAAAUUUAUAAUUUGCCUUUAUAUUUGCAGUGUGUGCUCUGUUGUGCCUGAACUGAAAUGGAUUGAGACACAAUUUUCCAAAUAUUUAUUAAUUUAAAAUAAAAUGAAGAGGUUAACAUAAGACACAGGCGAUUUUCAGUGUUUUAUUCAGCUUUGUAAUUUCCACACAAGAAAUGGUUCCCCUUUAAAGGGACACUAUAUAGUUACGAGAACUACAACCUAAUAUAGUUGUUCUGGUGGGUAUAGUCAGUACCUGUGGGCUUUUUGCUGUAAACACGGCCUUUUCAGAGACAAGGCAGUGUUUACCUUAGUGCCUAGGAACACCUCUAGUGGCCACUCCUCCUGGGGCCAGCACUGCCGUUCAGCAUAGAACGUGUUUUCCUUUAAAAAUUAGUUUUACAAUUCCUGCAAGAGCACAAUUAUGCUAUUAACACCUACUUUUGAAAUUUUCACUUGAAUGACCAUCAUCUCUAUGAUAAGAGUAAUGAAAAAUUAAUUCAACAAAAUCUAAAGAAAAGGUAAAAUUAAACAUAAACUGUUACGUGUAAAGUGAUUAUACAAUGUGCAAUCAGUGAGUCAGCUAUACCAUUGAUGUCAUGUUAAUUAAGGUACUUUACAUGGUAUAAAAAGUGACAAAAGACAAUGUAUUCUUAUACUCGAUUGUGCCAUGUAUGUACUAUGCUAUACAGCUAUUCCCACCAGAAUGUAUUGCAACGACACACCAAAAAUAAAAGAAAUUAAAAAAAAAAAAGUGACAAAAGAACAAAUUAAAUGUAAAAGUUAUUUUAUUUUAAAAAAAAUUCAGUGUAUAAAAGUUUAAAGAUUUCUUGUUAAUUAUUUGAUCUAUACUCUAUUCUUUAAGGCUAUUUGAGUAUCCAUUCCGCUCUCAGCUCUCAGUCCUCGGUAGACAGUGAGUUGAGUACAUCUGAUGAUUCAAUAUCUAUGGGAUACAAGUUACAAGAUUUGACUGACGUUCAGGUUAUGGCUCGUCUUCAAGAAGAAAGUAAGACAUGAUUUUAUUCACAUUGAAUAUAGCACUCUUACUUGUUUUCCUUAAUCCUUGUAUAUUAAUCCCCUGCCAAUGUGAAUUCUCUUCUGCACCAUAUAAUUGUGUGUGUUUCAUUAUGGCAGCAAUGGUAAAUGUGUUUUGUCACGUGGCAUUGAAAAAACACUUUUUCUCUAAUACUGGAUGUUGGCCAGUACCAGCUGGAACAGGUCACUUGACUUUCUGGGUUGCACUGAUGCCUCUUUAAAGAACUCUAGAGUAAGAAUUAUAAAUGUCUUAACUGUAAUGGAAAUUGAACUCUUUCAACACUCAGAAAAAUUCCUCUUUUCAAAUACCCUUUCACUGCUUUGUAUUUGGCCUUCUGUGUUAAUGGCUAUGCUCCAAAAAUGUUUACUUAUUUUGCAUUGCUUAUUUAUAUAAUUCAUAACCAAUGUUUAAAUUUACAGGUCUCCGGCAGGAUUAUGCCUCUAGCUCUGCAUCUGUUUCACGGCGCAGUUCUAGUGCCUCCCUACAUUCUCUCAGAAGAGGCACCUUCAGUGAUCAGGAGUUUGACACAUAUAGUCUGGAGGACGAGGAUGACUGUGAUUGUUCUCUGUCCUUUCGUAGCACUCAUAGGUAUUCCCCAUCACCUCUAAGUUCACCUCGAUGUCAAUCACCUUCAACAACUGGGGACAGCACCAGAGCUUCAACCUCUCGCAUUCGACCUCCAAGAAGAUCCAUUCAGAACCACAUGCAAGACCGGAUGAAAUAUACCAGCUGUGAAGGUUAAUCUAGAUGCAAGGAUUAUUAAGAAUGUUAUGUAUUUUCUGUGUGAGCUUUACUAAAGUGGCUGUGAAGGAAAUUAUAAAAGAUAUGUUACAUUUGAAUUUAUAGUAUCAAUGUACUCCACAGUGCUUUACAGUUAUACAAUGGGGAUAUGCAACUGCAAGAAAUUAACAGAUAGUAAUGUUAAUAAAUCCAAAUGACAGAUGCAAAUGAUUAUUUAUACUGCGUAAUCAUAAUUCUAAUGGUUUUCUUUUAUGUGAAUGUUAUCUUAUGUUGGCAAUAAUCAAUAUGCGAUUUUAAUAAUUGAACAGUUGUGGUGCAGCUUUCUAAAUUGUUAAACUAGACCGUUUUGUCUGCUGUAUUUCAGAUGACUUGCGUCACAGUAUGCCUAAUUUGGCAAAAACAAGUUUACGUUCCCUUGAAGCAGUAAGAAGCAGUCGUAGUCUGGAGUCGGAUCUCCAGGGAUCAAGUAGUCGAUUAACCAGGAUUCAACAUCCCACAACCAGUAUGUAUCUUUUAGAAAGCGGCAUGGCUAGAUUUCUGUUUAUGCAGUGAAAUUUUCAGUGCCUUUAUACUAUGGUUAAUCAAAAAAUUACAGGGUUAUUUACUAAAAUAUGAAUCUCACAUUUUAUGGCAAAAUACCCGAAGAUACAAAUUCUAUUUUUUUUCAGUUAAUUGUUUUUGAUUAAAACAUUAAAUUUACUUUGAAUCCCAGUCUAUUAACACUUUAGUGGAUAACCAUGCAGAGUUGUUCUGUUUAGGGUAGGGCAGUGAUAGCAUUUCACAAAGCAUUAAGACAUCUGGUUGGUGUAGGAAGAAAGAAGUUUGUAAUCUCAUGAACAGAUGUCAGCUGAGGGUGGUAGAUGCAAUCAUGCAGAGUCUAUAAUAAAACUGGACAAAAAGUUAUCCGAUUCCAAAUGAUAGUGAACUGCAAACAGAGGUGACUUAACAUAUGUUGAUGGUGUGCAAAUGUUUCUGGGUAUAGAUAACACAUUUUAUAUAAAAUGUAAUGAUUUUAAGACACAUUUUAAAUAGAAGGGUGAUAAAGGACCCUUCAUUAGUAUUAAACUGCUCUAAAUUGGUUUGGCGCUGUCCAGUCAUUCAGUGUAGAGGACUCCAGGCACUAUAACGGAUUCAAUAAGAUGAAAGGGUUAUAGUGCCUACAAUGUCCCUUUUAAUAAAUGAGAGCUAAAGUAACAUUGGGCAAAUCAAGAAAAAUAAUUUUGGCUAAUAUUGAUUUUGUUUUGUAGGUACUCCACCAAGCAAAUUACGUUUUGCUUCCAGCUCAGGCCAGCCUUCAAUGACAGGCAGACAGCCUAUAAAAGCAGGUGUAAGCACAGGUUCACUCCUUACCUCAAGGCAACCAAUCAAAUCAUCAGGUUAUGGUAACAAUUCUUCAACGGGUGUCCGUAAAAUGCAAUCUUCGUCUGGUUUGAACGCAUCCAUGUCAGGUGCUAUUUCCAGAACUGGAAAUGUGUCUCCUUCCGUUAAACAAGCUGGGGUGAAAUCUCAGCAACCUGCAGGAUACCUGGCUUCUAAAAGUAAAAUGGUUCAACCAUCCAGGAGGUAAGUACUUUCAUUUGGCACUGAUUGUUGUCUUUCUUUUAAACCUUGUUGAAUUGAAUCCUUUGAAUGGAGAUUAGUUUGGAAACCACUACUUUGAUGCUGUGGAAAUUAAUCUACAACCCUACUGCUGCUGAUGAAGUUUGCAGUGAAUUAAGAUCUGGUGUAAAGAAGAACUAGUUAAAAGUACAUUUUAAUGCUAUGUCCAACAACAAAAAAAAGUUUGAGGCCUCAAUCUAUAGAUAAACCAUCAAAUCAAUGGCGGAACUAAAAUAAAGAGAACACUGGGGCAAGAUAUUUUAUGGGCCACCAUCUAGCGCAAGAUAUGGCCAAAAGGUAAAUCCUUAACUGUCGUGCAACUACCACAAUGCUUUGCAAACUUGUGUUCUACCAUUUAACAUAUGUCCGUCCUUGUUAGUGUAUUUGAAUGUGAGCACAAUCUUGGAUAAAGUAUGUGAAUGUACAAGUGUAUUUGUAUUCACUGUUGCCAUGUAGUGGUGUGAUUAAAUGUAAUAUGCGUGUUCAUAUGCAGGUGUGCAUUUGUAUGUAAUAUUGGUGUGUAAAAGUAGUUUAAUAUGUACGCGUGUGGUGUUGGCGCUUAAAUGCAGGGGUGUGUCUGUGCAUAGUGUUUUUCAUUUGCAGGAUUUUUUGUUUACAGUGCUAACAUUUGAUUACAUGUGUGCAUAUGAUUGUAGAGGUGUGUUGUAUGUAGUGCUGGCAUUUGAAGGCAAUUGUGCAUUUGUGUGUAGUGUUAACGUUUGAAUGCAGGGGUGUACUUGUGUAUAGUUUAGUUUGAAUAGAUAUAUACACAUACUGACUGAAACACAGAUACACUGCCAUGCACACCUACUGACCGAUAUUUCCGGACAGACACACCAGUCAUAACUUACAUGUUUUAGCUACCCUAUUAUUUCCAUAUAUUUUGGGUACAAGAGUUUGGCUUCCUGGGCGUACAGGCGAUCUAGUGUUCUAUUCAUGCUUUCUGUCUGAAUUGAAAGCAGCACCAGGUUAAAUAUAAGACAUUGUGUGUCAUGUAAUUCAAAAUAUAAUCAUAAAGCGUGGGCUGCUUCACACUAGAAAUGAGCGAUUAGGAAGUGGUAAAUCAAAGAAUAUAUAAUGAAGUGUAAGCGCUCCUAUUGUAAAUCCAGAAAUAGUCAGUAAAAAUCAUUUUUAUUCAUAUUUAAAAAGAAAGACUAAAAAAACAAGCUGCUCCAAAGGUAUCAGUUCAAACACAACAUAUAAAACAAGUAUAGGCACACAGCGCAACAUCCAAGGUAGUAAUGCCAUAUAAAUAACUACAACCGGAAUGUUGCAAUGUAAGAAAUGUCUCAAAAGUUUAAAUAGAUACAGAACUUACAAUAAUUAGAGCAUGUAACCCAAGCCAGUGUCUCAUACACGGAACAAGAUGGGAAUGGGGUAUGUCAACUAAACUGUUGACUGGCAUAUAUUUAGUGACACCUUAAAAAAAGAUAGGGAAUAAAAAAAUAAACCACAGCAAUAAAUAUGGUAAAUAAUAUGAAUAAAAAAAGGCAUCGGAGUAAUUAUCCAUGGGGGGCCCCUCCACAAAUCCGCAUGAUGUUGAAGUCUUGAAGACUCAAGAUUGAAAAGAGAUCAUAUGAUGCCCAGCGAGCUCAACCCAAAGAUGUCUCAGUCAAAGGCCACGGAUGCUCUGCUUUCACUGAUACAUUGAACCGUGCUGUCUGUGAUACACCCACAGAGUUCAGGCACCGUACUGCAAUCGUGGAGCACACCAACUGGGAUCGCGUCAUAAGCUGCGGUCGGUAACUUUGGAAAAGGCCGCAGCUGCCUCAAAGGAUCAACGAUUUCUUAUCUCUAUGUAAAAUAGUGUGACAGUGUUCCCUAAACCUUACUUUCAAGGGUCUUGUAGUGUGGCCAACGUAUUGUAAGCCAUAUGGACCACAAAGGAAGUUACAAUUAAUCCCAUCAUAUGAAUAGAUCCCCUCCCACUACAGGCCCAAACUGGAAAACAUUGUAGCACAUAUAAUUAAUUGCAUGUAAGGCAUCGGUCUGCCACAUCGAAAAUUCCCUAGUGCUUGAUGGUUGCUAGGAUGAGUAACCUCCUCAGGGUUAUAUUUCGAAAGAGCUAGUAUGUUCUUUUGGUUUUUACUUUUCCUAAAAAUUACUCUUAGUUUAUCAGGGAUACUAAAUUUGAGCCAGGAUCCACAUUCAAAAUGGACCAGUGUUUGUGUAAGAUUCCAAUAAUCUUCUCAAAUGCACUAUUUUAAACCGUGGAAAAGAUUGGACCCUUAUUCUGUGAAACAUCCUUGGUGCUAAUAUUAGAUAUAUGGUUCGGGAUCUUCGUAUUCUUGGUCUACCUCAAGCAAAUGUAUGAUCUCGAUGUUCAACAGACUCCUGAUCAGGGUCGGUAGCUGCCAGAGAAAGAUAAACUUUUGCUCGAUCUUGUUUGAGGGAUUUGAUUAGUUGAGAUCUCUCCAUGCUCCUAACUUUGUUAUAGGUGGAAGAGAUGGGUUUGGGGGAUAUCCUUUUUCCAAGAAGCAUACAUUUAGGAUAUAUGCCUCCUCUUCAAAAUCUUUAAGGGAGAAACCAUUCCUCCGUAGUCUCGUCAAUUGGCCCAAAGGUACAAUGGAGAUCCAGGUUGGAUGGUGGCCACUAGGGGCAUGCAAAAACCCUUUCACAUCAACCUGUUUCUGAGAGAUUUUGGUACAGAUAUGAUCAUUUUCUCCCCACAAGAGUAGAUCCAGAAAUUCAAUCUUAGGUCUAUGUUUAUUACAUGUAAAAGCCAAUCCCCAAUCAUUGGUAUUUAAAUAGGAGACAAAGUUGUCUAUUAAAAGGUCGUCACUGGAACAACGGUAAAGCGCAAGGUGUUUCAUCCAUCGUGGGUUGUUCAAAAUAAACAACUCUUCUUUUUAAAAAUGAAUAAAAAAAAUUAUUUCUUUUACUGACCUUAUUUCUGGAUUUACAAUAGGAACGCUUACACUUUGUUAUAUAUUCUUAAAGCAGCAUCAACACAAUUGCCCCACAGGCUUAUGCACCCCACUCCUGAGCAGAUAUAGUGCAAAGUUCAAUGUAAUUAAAAAAUGUAGUGACAUAUAAACAAAGCAACUCAUGUACUGUGCUCACUCCAAAGACUCAAAAGGACAGUCACUCCCAGAAUAAUUCCAUUGAAGACCUUAGAUGGUCCAACAGCCUUUUGUUAAAAAUCUAAAUAUUUAAACUUUAUUCACCCCCAUUGGCCCUUGAAAAUUUCAAAAAUACUAAUAUUUGUGUAUUCAAGAUAACUAUCUCAAAGGAGAUGCAGUCUGCAGACAGCAUAAGUUGAGAUUCGUAUUAAAACCAUCUCUCUGUCUGCUCCUCCCCGUGCGGUGCUCUGUUAGCUGGGAAGAAGUUACUUGAACUCCCUUCCUCUCUGCACUGUUACCACCAGUACUUAUGUUAGUGCAUGAAAUUUAUUUUGUCAAUAAAAAGGCAAUCAAGAACAUUUUAGGGGGACAUCCGGAAAGGAGAACCAGUAACACUUGGUCUCUGGCUUUUGUGGAGCUAUGAUGCCUAUAUAGCUAUCACUAGAUGGUAAAGAGACAUGGAAGGUAUAGUUUUAACAUCUUGUGGGGCUCCUAUACUAUGGCUGGCAAAAAGCAUAGCAUAUGGCAGGAAUGCUUUCUGUUUAUUUUAACGUUUGUGUUGCAGAACCAAAAUGUAAAUAUGAUUUACAACUAUCCACAGUGCUUAUGCAAAACAGAUGAUUACAAGAGACAUAUCUGUGUGUACUGUAAAAUGUGCAAAUAUAUUUUUGAAUAUUUUGUAACAGAAUGUCAUAAGACUCAAUGUAGAACAGUUUUCUAUUUUUAUUUGAUUCAGUCAACUAUCAAAUUACUUGAUACAAUUGUAUGUGACUUAGAUUAACAAAUAUUUAGAUGUUUACUAAACAAAAUGUCUAAAGAGGCUCAAUGUUAUACCAGCAACAAAUCAAAUCCUGAGUUCCUCACAUUUUUUUGAGGAUUCCUCCGUCUUACUGCACAGUGGAAGGCUGAUAGCUAAAAUCCUGCAUGAAUUUUAGAAAGGUGUUUAUUUAGAAAAUUGGGCAGACUAGAUGGGCCGAAUGGUUCUUAUCUGCCGUCACAUUCUAUGUUUGUGUUUUGAGUCUUUUCUCUUAUUCACUCAAAUUCUUUUUUUUUUGUACCUGUUCCAAUUUCAUAAUGUGCUUUCCCCCCCUGCCCCAUAUAGGUCUCUUCAUUCCUCAAAGACAAAUAGUACACUGGACAGUGAUGACUCCUGGAAAGAAGGGUGCUAUUAGACUUCUCCAAACAGGAGUUUUACGCUAUCUCUUUUCUAGUCCAGCGGGCUGGACUUUCGAACAUUUCAGAGGAAGAAGAAAAACCAAAUUGCUAGCUUUUCUGAUCUAGUUGUCAAACUCAGACAUUAUGUCUCUUUAACUGUCAAUUCUAUUACAAGUUUGGCAUUCUUCAUACUUUGAUUCGGUAUGUGUUUUGUGUUGUUGCUUGUUGUAGCAGAAGUUUCAGUUUAAUGAUGGAACCUGUUCUGACCUAAACACUGAGCCAUUUAUUUAGUAGAAAUGUGUGUACUUUGAUAUGCCACUUACAAAUUGACCAUUUGCACUGCUGUGAAUGUUGCAUUCAUUUCUGAGGGUUAUAUAAAAUCAGUUGUUGGAAACCACCGUAGAUGUCAAAUAUAGAUGUCCCUAAGAGACCUUGUGUGUUUUUAUAUACAUAUUGUUUCUAUUUACCUCUUUGAUUUGCCAUUUCAAAGGCCCCAAAAAAAGUUUUUUUUUUUUUUUUUACUUUUCUAUUCCGCAGCAGAUUUUUUUCCAUCUGCGGGUUUUUAACAUCCAUGAUCAAAUUAUUUCUUGGAAAAAGUGUGAAUAUAAUAUACAUAUAGAUAUAUGGUUAUGAUAUUUAGGAUCCAUUUCGAGGACUAGAAAAUAAUUCCUGUGCCAGUAUAAAUGGUUUAGAUGAAAUCACAAACGAUGGUGCACAAUAUUUGUGUGGUUAUAUGGAGUUAAUUUGUUGCAAUGUGUAGAAGAGACAUUAAUGUUUUUGUGAAGUCUCCUAUGGUUAUUUUGCUUGACUCACCCUCAGUAAA